AUGUAUACGAACACUGCAAAACAAUUGGUUCCUAACGAUCAUCCAUAUCUCAAGGCGAUUAUACAUGCUAAAUGUGCGGCAAAUCCAUUGUCUCUUCAAAAGGAAGUUACUGAAGAAAUUGCCAAGAAAAAAACCGGAAUAUUUAGAUAUGAUUUAGAACAAACGGUUUUCCAGAUCGCUGAAACAUUCCGAUAUUUGGGCGAUGAAGAAGAAAUAAUAACUUAUUGCAAAAAUCUCAUUGAAAAGAAUGCAGAAAUUCGAUCCGAGCUCGAUUUACAUUUUCCAUCGUUCGACAAGAAAGCUUUCGAGAAACGUGCAUUUGUACUGCACAGUCAACAAUUGCAACAGAAUCCAAUCAUCGAAAAAACAAACGAUAUCAAAGAUUCGACUUCAUUGAUCUCGGAAUAUAUAUUAAUAUCGCUUAAUGAUUCAGCAUAUCUCUGA